UCAAAAUCAAAAUCUUUUGCUAAUUUUUUCCCUUCUCAAAUCUCAUUCUAUCCUCCAAAAAUAAUUUACAAAACAUUUCUCAAAAAUACAGAAACUCCUUAUAACAGAAAAAAAAACCCAAGUCUUUUAUCUCCAAAAUCAAUUGCAAAACCUUCUAUUAAUAAUAAAAACUCUCUUUUCCUGGUUUCGAACUUAAAAAAAAAAGCUGUUCUUUUGCUAUUUUGUCUUUUUUUUUUUCCCUUCAAAUUUAACCUUGUUUUUAGUUGUUUGAGCUUAAAAUCCAAAUUGGUUUUUGAUAGAACCUCAAAAAAAGAAUUUUUUUAAAAAAUAAAGUUUAAGCUUUAACUAUGGAGUCAAGAGAAGCUGUAACCACUACUACUACAGCUACUGCUACUGGUGGAGUUACCGUCGUAGGAUCCGAUGCUCCGUCGGACUACCACAUAGCUCCAAGGUCCGAAAAAUCGACCCAGAACCCGAACCCGACUUCCGGAUCAGUUCCGCCGCCGCUGCCUCCUCCGCAACAGGCGGCGCAAGCAGUACCGCCGCCGGUUUUGGUGGCAGGGGUGCCAGAGAAGAAGAAAAGGGGAAGACCUAGAAAAUAUGGACCGGAUGGUUCAGUCACUAUGGCGCUCUCUCCAAAGCCUAUAUCAACGGCUGCGCCGUCUCCGGUGAUCGACUUCUCCGCCGGGAAGAGAGGGAAAGUGAAGUCGCCGACGUCGUUUUCGAAGACGAAGUAUGAGCUGGAGAAUUUAGGUGAAUGGGUUGCAUGCUCUGUUGGGGCUAAUUUUACACCGCAUAUCAUCACUGUUAAUGCUGGUGAGGAUGUCACAAUGAAGAUUAUAUCAUUUUCUCAACAAGGGCCUCGAGCUAUAUGCAUUCUUUCUGCAAAUGGCGUGAUCUCAAGUGUCACUCUUCGUCAACCUGAUUCUUCUGGGGGUACAUUGACAUAUGAGGGUCGUUUUGAGAUACUGUCAUUGUCUGGUUCAUUCAUGCCCAAUGAUAGCGGAGGAACAAGAAGCAGAUCUGGUGGGAUGAGUGUUUCCUUAGCAAGUCCAGAUGGGCGUGUAGUAGGUGGUGGAGUUGCCGGUCUCCUGGUAGCUGCUAGCCCUGUACAGGUUGUGGUGGGAAGUUUUCUGGCAGGGAACCAGCAUGAACAGAAGCCUAAGAAACAGAAGCACGAGUCCAUAUCAGUUGCCACACCAAUGGCUGCUAUUCCCGUUUCUAGUGCUGAUCCCAUUUCAAAUAUCGCCUCAUCCUUCCAAGGUGAUAGUUGGCCUUCAUUGCCGUCAGAUUCAAGGAAUAAGCCCACUGACAUUAACGUAUCCUUGCCUGGAGGCUAAUCUAAAUUUCCAUACCUUAUUAUGCAGUAUGAGGUUUGAUACUGACAGCACUGGCAAUCAAUCGAAAUACAAUUGAUGAAUCUCAUUCUCACCUCUUCUUGUUGUUUCAUGUGUAAGCUUAUGGACUUCUCACAAGUACCGGCAUGUUCAUUUUCACCUGGGUUUUUACCCUAUUUAUUUUCACCAGUAGUUUAGUUUCAGUCAGCUGAUUAGAUAGGCUUCUGCAUCUGUUGUGUCAUGUAGAAUAUUUCCAAUGUAAUGUUUACUGAGAGAGUUGGCCUUUCUUCGAAGUCAUGGAUUGUGAUUUAGGAAACCAUUGUCUUUUGAACAUCUCAACUUCAUUGAUAAUGGCUUGUCUAUGUAAGCUUUCAGCUAUGCAGUCUAGCAUUUUGAUGGAUUGAACAUUGGAUUAUCAACAUAACACUCUAUGAAUAGAUCAUACUGCUGUUCACCAUAAUCUCUAAAUUAACUAAACU